AUGAAGUUCAUGCUUGUCGUCUUCUUUGCCCUGCUGGCUCUCGUAGCCGCAGAGAACACCACCGCCGAGGCGCCGGCCACCACUGUGGUCAUCAGCCCUGAGGCUCAGUGUGCCAAGAACUGCAACAACAAGGACGUGUGCUGCAUCGCCAAGUGCUACCACGUCCCCUGCCCCAGCAAUAGCCAGGCCAACGAUACCAACAAGUGCGUCGCCGCCUGCCCUCAGGGUACUGGUACUCCCGCCGACACCAAGAAGUAUGAGGACUGUGAGCAGAGUUGCUACGCCUCCCACUUCUUCCCCGCCGAUGUCUCUUCUACUACCAGUUCUACUCACUCUGAGACUACCAUGACUGGUACCCACACCACUGAGUCUGGCACUCAUGCCAGCGAGACUCACGCCGGUGCUACUCAGUCUGGUACUCAGACUGCUAUGGUAACCACUGCUUCCGGCUCUAAGACUACCAACGAGGAGUCCAAGACCAGUGGUUCUGCUACCAGCUCUGAGGCUAAGCACACCACAAACGCUGCUACCAACCUUCAGACUGGUGCCUCUGGUGCUGGUCUGCUCGCUCUGGUCUUUGCAGCCUUUGUUCUGUGA